AUGUCAUCAUCGUCUCACGCAGCAGCAUUGGCUGCCUUCCAGGGUAUAGGCAACAAGUCCAAGUCUGAAAUAUUGCAUGAUAAGAAAAAUCCACAAAAAUUCCAAAUUCCUACUGAGAGCUCAAGGGCCCAGUCACUGAACACAGGAAGUGGGCCCCCUGCUUCUUCGCUGGGUGCAGCCCAGAUGGUCCGUAGAACCUCUACUGCUUCCAGUCAAUUCAAAAGACCGAGUCCUGUAGCCAAAGCUUCUACAACGGGUCAAUUGAAGUCGACUCCUAAAUUGCAUAUUGAUCUCAACAGUAUUGGAAAGGAUACUUCCUCAACUUAUUACCUGCCCAAAGGUGUUCUGCCUAUGCAUCCGAAUCCGCUGAAGCUUCCCCAUUCACAUCAACAAUUACAAAGAUCAGAUACAACGUCUACAGCAUCUCUUGCACUUGCUGCAGCGACUGUAUCAGCCAGUAGCAACAACAGUAACACAAAUACUGCCGAUUAUCCCCCAUCUACUCCCAAGGGUAUCAAUUACCAUCGUUCAAUUCCAGCUUCAUCUUCUGUAUCCGUAUAUUCUCAAGAUUCCAGCUCAAUUGACUACUUUAACCUUCAUUCAAAUCCAAACUCUAAUACAAGCUCAACUCCAGCACAACACCAUCAGCUGCAAUUGAAGAAAUCAUCCUCACAGCAUUCAAAUUUAUCGACAAAUGACAUGAUCCAAAAAGUGAAAAAAUCCAUCGAAUCUAGGAUGGUAAACAGCGAUGGCAAACUGCCCAAAGCCAACUCUUCCUCCUUAGAUAUGAUAAACCAAAUUAAAAACAGCAUAAACUCUAAAUCGAAAGCAGCAAGUCAAAGUACUACUGAACUCAGCCAGAGAAAUCAAGAUCGAUUGAAUGAGAUUCGCGAUUCUAUAGACAUGAAGAGAAUCCACACACCAAGAGUGACCUCGAUAGAUCCCUCAAAUUCAAGCUUUGUUGGCCCUCCAACUUCCUCACCUCUUGCCUCAACCCCAUUGCUAAGUCCGAUAGCUAGUCACAGGAAUGGCAGUGGCUCUGCUUCUAUAUCAGGAAGUUCAUCACCUGUAUUAGCUCCAAGGGGGCCAGGCGAUUUCGAAAGAAACGCAUUUCAUAACUCUUAUUCCUCCAUUGGCUCUUCAAUUCAUAGCAGUGGGAGCGAAUUAGUUUCAAUUCUUGCGAAUCAACAAGGAAGAGUUAGCACCGAAAGAAUAACGGAGAGCCCUAUGAAGGAAAACGCACCAACUAUUAUGGUGGAGCAUCCCGAUAAUAAUGAUGGCGAGCCCGUGAUUGUACAGAGUCUGGGACUGUUACCAGGCCUGGUACCGGGACUUGGUGAACUGUUGAGCGGACUGGCAGUUUUGCUUAAUGAACAGCAGCAUUCAAGGGCUACUCCUAUGAAACUUGCUGGCCUGGAAGACAGUAAUCCAUUUUCAUACUAUAAUGAUCUGGCAUCCAUGAUGCUGACUCUUACGGAAAAUGAUAAGAAAGUACUUAGAAGAAAACCUCCCCCAAUGUCGCAGGAUGACUUUGAUAGUGGUACUACUGAUUACGCUUCUGAUCUGCCCUCCCUCAAUCCCAAUAAGCCUUUCAUUCUACCAGAUGCAUCAUCAGGUAGACAACUGUUUGAAGAAGUUCAGAAGUAUGCUCACUACCAACAAGAAGACUCUUCUACUACAAAAUUUCCUCAGUUUCCAGGUCUUAGCCAACACAAAAAGAAUAAAUCCAAAUCUAAUAUACAUAUGAAAGAGAGUGAUUAUAAAGACAAUGAAAGCGAAGAAGAUGAAACAAGUGAAAUUGAAACGGAACAGCCCAACUCUGUUAUGCUUGAAACGCAUGGUUCAAGACAGCAGAUCGUAAAACCAGUUCAAAAGGUACAAUUGAAAACAACAAUGCGUAAAACGAAUAAGAAAAAGGAAAAGAAGCUUACUUUUAACGAAAACAAACCUUGGAAGAACCAUACCGAUUUAUCAUACAUAACGGAACAGGAAAGGAAAAGAUAUGAAGGGGUUUGGGUAAGCAACAAGGGACUCUACUUAUCUUCAGUUGUCACCAAAUUGGUAGGAGUAGACUAUGGAAGUGAUCUGGAAACAGCUCCAGAAACAGCUCCACUUACAAAAGAGGAGACCAGCCUUGCUGCUGCAAGGUUAUCAUCCAAGCUAAGAGAAGAGACUAACUUAGAGGAUAAUUUCCACAACCAAACUUCUGCGGAGCUUUCUCAAUUGAUUCACGGAGUGGUUGUAAAAAGGAUAUGGCUCAGAAGUAGACUACCCACAGAAACUUUGAAAGGAAUUUGGGCUCUUGUAGACUUUAGGCAUGACGGAACUUUGAACAAAGCCGAAUUUUUAGCGGGAAUGUGGUUUGUUGAUCAAUGUUUGUAUGGUAGGAAAUUGCCUAAAAAGGUAGAUGCAGCUGUUUGGGAUAGUUUAGGAAGUAUAGGACUAAAUGUUGUUGUGAAGAAAAAGGGAAGGAGAUAA